AUGAGAUACCGUACUGAGCUGGGCCAGUGGCUUACGUCAGUUCCGUCCCCUGCAGCCGGCUGUGGUGGCAGCCAUCUGUGGGCGAGAUCGCCUGUCGGCGAGCCAGGAGGCGUGCCCCGGAGCUGGGGGAGCACGGCGCGGCUCAGCGCUGCAGAGAGCUCCAAUGAGCGCGGCGGCCCCGCUGUGGGGUUGCACCAGGCCGCUAGCGAGGGGCAGCUGGACCUCACCCCGUGCAAAACUUCUCGUUCGGUGUAA